AUGUCCAUGCAGAAAAUUUUCAAUAAAAUAUUAGCAAAUAGAAUGAAGUACAUUAUCAAAACUAUCAUACGUCAAGAUCAAAAAAUCAAAUGUUUUUUCCAAGCGGAGAAUGAGCUUGUUUCCAAGGAAAUGCUAAGUACAUUCACAUCUGGAGGACUUGCCCCUACCUUGGAAAUCAUAAACAGCACAUAUCGUGGCAUCUUCCACUUUAACUUAACAUUGUUUAGUGAUCGAAUUCUCUGGUUAAUUGACAUUCCUAGAGGAAACAUCACAACUAACACAGAUAUUGCUGCUGUAGAAGAAUGGCUAGUAAAGAUCACUUUACAUCAAGGAUUAAAUAUUUAUGCUACUGAAGGAACCUUAUUGGAUAGUGUUCGAGAACCUAUUCUUCAGUGGAACCUUGGGGAUAAAAUGUCAUCACAAGAGAUCAGUGUGUUAUAUCCACACGUGACUGAUCUCAAGAUAACAAAGUGCCCCUGUGCCAAUGAUGUAGCAUUACUUGGCUUCAUCUUGAAUGCAGCAUAUAAUGGUGUUUACAUAGGCCUAACCAGGUCUGGAUUUUGGCGUUAUAGCGAUACAGUGUGGUACAACAUGACAAAUGUCAUCUAUUCAAACCUUCGAAGAGAAUACACAGGACUCUCAGUGACGGAUAUGGUUUUGACAAAUCAUUUUUUAGUUCUCCUCACCUCUUUGGGUCUUUUUGUAAGUGGAGAUCUUCGUUAUCCAUCAGCCAGAGAAUUAAAACUUUCCAGAGCAGAAUUUUGUGGUUUUGAAAGGAUUGACUAUAUCAAAGGAAAAUUAUGGUCUAACAAAAGAUGUUUUGCUAACAGAGAACAUUUUGAAGUUGAUUAUGUUACUAUCACCUUUGACAGAAACAAGACCCUAAGUGAGGCAAGCUCUUGUUUUUAUAGUAAAGAACCAUUUCUUGAAUGGUUACCUUGCUUACCUCAUGUUGUCAAUGAUUCAAAAGAUGUAUAUCCAAGUGAAGUAACAUUUCUUGUUGAUCAAGAACAUGAUACAGGAAUUUACCUUUUCUAUGACCAGCACAAGAAAACAGCCAGUGCCUCUGUGAACAUCUUAAAAAAUAACCAACCAAGUGCCACACCAAAAUUCCCACCGUUCCACUUUCCUUCCUCCUUCUCUCACCCUAUGGGCAUGGUGUUCCACCCCCAAAGCCACUUUCUAUAUGCUUAUGGAAAUCAGAUAUGGCUUUCAAUGGAUGGCGGCAACACUUUCAGACUAAUAGCUGACUUUCAUGAUGAUAUAAUAAAGAAGACCUAUCAUUGUUUUUAUACUUCAGAUGUUACUUUUGUUUCCCAAAGUGGAAAGGUUUACUUGACAAAGGCAGGACUAGUGACAUAUAGUGAAAUUGGAAUUGUUACUGAUAAAGUUUUCACAUUAUACUAUGAUCACCUGGGAUUCAUACAUAAACUGACUCCAGAUCGCUUUGAAUCCUCAGAAAACUCUGGGCUUUUUGGACAGGCUCCUGAUAUGGGCUUUGACACUGCACUUGCUUUGCAGUAUAUCUCCCCACAUGAAAUGAUCUUUUUUGCAUAUGUACCUCCAAAUGAGCCUCAGACAACUGUACACACCAAGAAGUUCAAUAGUAUGCAUUUUGGAAAACUGAUACACUCCAGUAAAACUGGAACAGCAUACAUAAGAAAGAUACUGGAACAUAAAACUCCUAAAGAAUUUUUAUCCUCAGUUAUUGCAGAAAUGAUACAACCUUUUGGAAUAGAAGAAGUAAAGGACAGCUCUUGUUUAUCUAGUUCUCUUUCUAUUCUUGAAGAACCUGUACAGCCGUCCUAUAAACUUAGCCUUGACUUACAAGCUGUUAAUGCCUUGUUUCAAGCUACAGAUAUAGAGAAAACUGUGGUGAUUCCUGGUUACAGCAGCUUCCUGAUCACAGAAGUUCUAGAUGAUAAGAAUGCUUUAGCUGUUGCUACCAUGCCUGCAAUAGCACCUAACAAAGUAACUUUUUCAAGCGGCCAAUGGUUCUUGUACAACUUUGGACAAAAGAAUGGACAGACAUGGAAUAUAUACUCAAAACCAUGUCUUCAUGUGCUUCAACAACUUGAUGAUUCACCAACUCUGAAUGCUGUGAAAUACAUUGAUCUGGGAAGCUCUCAAAGUUUACAAGUUAAGGUCAUACCUAAUAAAAAAGGACAAAAGCCCAGAAACAAAAAAUUGGCUACAUCUUUGGUGCCCAACAUGAGACUCACUUCUCUAUGGCGAGGUCUCAAAACACUGCAAGCCCCCAAGCUGAGAGUGUUAGUUGGAAAUCCCGAGUUGUUGGAAGUGAAAGUCGAGAGCUCUUUCGAUGAUACUGAGAGUUACCUGAUGAAGAUUUCUGUAGCAAGCAAAUCUUUUCGUCAAGGUUAUACUUCACUAGCACUGAUUAUCUGGGGAGCAUCCACUGAGUGCUUUGUGACCACGCUGGUGUCAACUUUGAAAAGCAGCUGUAGCUACCUCACGUCUAUGCACCAUGUUCCUAGCCAGCAUAUCCCUUAUGAAGACUGGAUUAGUGGCGUUCACAAAGACAGUCAGGGUUUUAACAUGAUCAAAACUUUGCCGGUAAAUUACAGGCCUCCAUCUAUUAUGGGAAUUGCUAUUCCACUCACAGAUAAUUUUUAUCAUGCAGAUCCUAGUAAGCCCAUACCAAGAAAUCUAUUUUACAAGUCAAAGGAAACUGGUAAAUACAAACAAUGUGUCAAUGCUUCCACUCGAGAACAGUGUAACUGCACAAAUGAGCAGAAAUUGUCACAUGCUGUUGCUUUCUCAGACUGCAAAGAAAAUGUUCCUCGUUUUAAGUUUCCAGUUGCACAAUAUCCAAUUUCUUUGGAAAUUUUCAGUGACAACAAGUUUGUUCCAGUGAAGUCUCCAUAUCUGGUUACUAUGACUGAAGUGAAUAUGAGGAAAAACUGGCAACUAAAACACACUGUACCAGAAAAUAUGAAAAAAAUAAAAAAUUAUUUAGAACCAAUUCUUCAUACUUCUGUGUAUAAUCCCUCAGGUCUCAAUUUGAGUAUAAAGCUGAUGGGCUCAAGAGCAGCAACAAUGCUGAAAAGAAAGAAAGGCAAAGGCCAGGCCCUCCUUGGGCCAGGCUCCAAAGCCACCCUCUCGUUUCUAACUGGGAUGAUGGAACAUGUUUACACUGGCAAACAUGAAAUCAUUGAUGAUCACAGGGCCAGAAAAACUGUUGUGAACCUCAUGGGCAGGUUAGACAAGUGUGGAGUGGUUAGCCCCAGGCGUGAUAUACAGCUGAGAGACCUGGAAAAAUGGCAGAAUAAUCUGCUCGCAUCUUGUCAGUUUGGUUUCAUUGUGUUGAGAACCUCAGCUGGCAUCAUGGGCCAGGAAGCGAGAUGA